AUGUCUGUCGUCGCUGUUGCAGGAGGUCUUGGUGACAUGGGGCGUCUCAUCACGACCGCCCUUGUGGAAAUAGGGAAGUAUGAAGUCUACGUGAUUUCCCGUCGGGUUCCCAACAAAGUUGAACCUUUGCAAUCCCCCAUAACGGGAGCACAAUAUUCCCCAGUGAUACAAUCCGACUACUCGUCCGAGGCAGAGCUUGCGAAGACUCUCGAGGAAUAUAAAAUCCACACCAUCAUUUGCACAUUUGCACUUGAUUUCCAGGCAGCCAGCGAUUCGCAAGUCACACUUAUUCGGGCCUCCGAACGUGCUUCGACAGUUAAACGAUUCAUUCCAUCCGAAUUCAAUGUCGACUACGAUCUCCCAGAUAGUGUUUUGCCGUAUCCCGAUAAGCGAUUUCAUAUCAUUGGUAGACGAGAGCUUGAGAAGACCAGUCUGGAAUUCACUUAUAUCUACCCGGGCAUGUUCAUGGACUAUUUUGCCAUGCCAAACCUGGAAACACACCUACGUGAGCUCUGUAUCGUAAUCGACAAUACACACCGAGUUGCCUACGUUCCGGGAGAUGGAGAGGCGAAAAUGGCAAUGACAUACACCAAAGAUGUGGCACGGUACACGGCCCUUGCACUCGAGAUGCAAGCAUGGCCUCUUGUCCUGACUACAACUGCUAGCACACUAACAACCAACCAACUGGUGGCCCUGGUUGAGAAGAAUCUUGGACAAUUGAUCGAGGUGACUUAUGAAUCGAUUGAGACGCUCGAGAAGCACGAGAAUAAGGUGCUGCCGAGGAAUAUUCCCCUUGCGGACCACUUCCCCGAAGGGCUCGAGCAGGUCAAAGCUCUGGCAGCAGACUUGGGAGCAUCAAUUGCGCUUGGUGCGUAUGACUUUGACACUCUCAAAGAUGCAACCAGUUUGGUAGAUGAGUUCAAGGAUAAGACGGAGCCGCCGAUGUCCAUAGAAAGGUUACUGGAGCAGGCAUUCAAAGGAAAGAAAUGA